GUGCACGUUCCACCAACUGCGGAGUGUGUACAGAAGCGCCUGUCCAAGAGAGAGGAUAGGACGAGACCCGUUUUCAUUCAUUUUUACGGGAUUUUGACACGGUCUUCUGCUGCAAACCUGUUGGAAUAUCUCUUAGCACGUGCUUUUGUUGAAAUCCGGAGGUGUAUUUGUUUGACUUUUGCCGGAUUUGCUGUUAACGUCCGGGGCGGCAUCUUGCAGGGGAGCAGCGCGAACAAGUGACAAGAAAUCAGCUAACAAAUGCUUAGCGAGUUAGCCUGUUAGCCUCGGUGCUAGCCCGGUUAGCCGCGCCUCUCCUGCUGCCUGCCUCAGCAAGUCCCACCCUCCGUCACAGCAGCGUGGACGUCGGUCGGUCGUAAGAGGCUGCGGCGGUCAAGUGCUUCCCCCCCUUCUCGUCUUCGCUUCACUUAUCAGCCAGCAUUGCCGACCGACCGGAUCGCUAGCGUAGGCAGUGGAAAAGGGGUGAAGACGAGAGCCACGCUAGCCUAGCCCGGUUCCUCGACGCUCGUGUUGCUGGAUUAUUAACCCUGACAGGUGGAGGGAGGGAUCGCUGAGGGGAAAACGAGGAGGCGGAUAAGAGAAAAGGAGGAAGAAGAAGCGGAGAAGGAGGGAACUGGCUGGUUUGGCCGGGGCAGAUAAACGCACACAGUGAGUGGGCCGUGGACGCGUGAGCCAGAGCUAUGAGUAUCGAGAUCCCGGUGGGGUUGACGGAGCUGCUACAGGGCUACACGGUGGAGGUGCUUCGGCAGAGACCCACAGACUUGGUGGAGUUCGCCGUGCAGUACUUCACCCGCCUCCGAGACACCCGCAGCCAGGACGGAGGUGGCACAGGGGCUAAGAAGGGUGUGGUGUUCGAUGGAGAGCCCAUGCAAACAGAGUCCAAUGGGGAGGAUGAAGACGACGACUCAGACUUUGAACCUCCUCCACCAAGCAGAUUCAUGAGACGAGUGUCAGUGUGUGCAGAGGCGUUUAACCCAGAUGACGACGAUGAGGACACUGAGCCCCGAGUGGUCCACCCCAAAACAGACGAGCAGCGCUGCAGACUCCAGGAGGCCUGCCGAGAUAUCCUUCUCUUCAAAACAUUAGACCAGGAGCAGUUUUCUCAAGUGCUGGAUGCCAUGUUUGAGUUGAUUGUUCAGCCUCAGGAACAUGUGAUUGAUCAGGGAGAUGACGGUGACAACUUCUACGUCAUAGAGAGGGGCGUGUACGACAUUGAAGUUUCAGGGAAGGUCGUGGGACAUUACGAUAACAAGGGCAGCUUUGGAGAGUUGGCGCUAAUGUACAACACACCGAGGGCGGCAACCAUCAUCGCCACCCAGGAGGGGGCGCUCUGGGGACUGGAUCGAGCCACAUUUCGUCGACUCAUUGUCAAAAACAACGCUAAGAAGAGGAGGAUGUACGAGACUUUUAUAGAAUCUGUUCCACUGCUCAAAUCACUUGAGGCAAAUGAGAGAAUGAAGAUUGUGGAUGUAUUAGGAGCCAAGCAGUUUUCUGACGGAGAGAAAAUCAUCACACAAGGGGACAAAGCCGACUGCUUCUAUAUCGUAGAAUCUGGAGAUGUCAGGAUCAUGAUGAAGAGUAAAACAAAGGCUGACCACGCAGACAACACAGAGGUGGAGAUCGCCCGGUGCAGUAGGGGGCAGUAUUUUGGAGAGCUGGCUCUGGUCACCAACAAACCCAGAGCGGCCUCAGCCUACGCAGAGGGAGACGUCAAGUGUCUAGUAAUCGACGUGCAAGCUUUUGAGCGUCUGCUGGGCUCGUGUAAAGAGAUCAUGAAGAGGAACAUCGCGCACUAUGAAGAACAGCUGGUGGCGCUGUUCGGUUCCAGUAUGGACCUGAGGGACUGAGGUGUCCGCUGCCCAUGUGCCUUCGAACCACACACACAUCCAAAAUACUAGAGACACUGAGACGAACACGCGCGUGCACACACACAAUCAAACCCCCACACACAUGUACGGACACGCAACGGCCCGACAACAGCAGAACCAGACAUUUUAGACCAGCGCUUCUCAAACUUUGAAUACAAGAACCACUGAGACAAAUGACAACAAUAUGUAUAAAUCAGGCCUUAACCAGUUGAAGCUAUUACCAGGAAAAGGAAAAACUAGGUCUCAGUCAAACUGAAUUGUGAAUUAUCAAGGCUGGACCAUAACUGGACUAAAUCAGGUCUAAACUACGUUAAAUUAUGUACUUGACCUACUACCAAGCCAUUUGAGGACUUACAUAAAAGGACUGCAACAAUAAUGUAAACUUUAAAGGCGCACCAUGCAACUUUUCUCUAUAGAGAUGUCAUGGCUAUUACUGGAAUGUUCCAAAGUAUGGCAUUAAACUUGUCUAUCUUGCAUUUAUUCAAUUACAUGUGUUUUUAAUUCCUUGAAAAACAUGCAUUCAUAUUAUGUGCAGAGUCACUUCCACAGACCUGACCUGUAACAUCAGAAAAGUUACAUAGUGAACCUUUUAACCAUGAUGGAAGUAUACAAUUCUCCAAUGUACCUCCAAUGGGAUCCGUACCACAGUUUGAGAACCACUGCUUUAGAAAAUAUGGGCUCCACUGACACUCCAGAACAUAUCCUGUAUUUAAAGAUGGACCGUUUGAGAGACUGGUAAAAUAUGUGGAAUUAUGUUGCAGUGCCACUAAAUGUCCACUAGGGUGCGACUGUUGGCACAUUUUUCCAAAUAUGCUCAAUUCCAUAUUUUAAAUGAAGUUUUCAGGCUGUUCGAAUAAAAAUAUAUUAAUACAAUUUACAGAUGUGGAUGUUUGACUCAAAAACUAGGUUUCAUUUGAACUUUAUGAGAUAUAUUCUAGACAAAUUAACUUUUUGACAAUUAGAAUAUAUAAAUUGUUGAUAAAUUUUCAAAAACAAAGCGCAGUGUUUGUUUAAUUACAUUUUUAUUUCAUUUUACAUUUUAUGCACAAUAAACAGGGCUAUUUCUUGUAUGGGAGAGAUGGAAUCAACAUUGACACAGGAGAACAGUUUUUUGUGUUUUUCUUUUUUUUUUCUUUUUUUUUUUUUAAAUACAGCAUAUGACCAAGACAAAGACUACAUGUUUACAGAUAUUUUUGAGCAGGCAUAUAAAUUGACAAUUAGCAUUUUAACAAAUUUGAUAUGCUAAACAAAAUCCACAGGUUUAUUGUUGACCUUUUGUGGUAAUGCUCGUUUGUCACUCAGUUUCAGAGGUAUUUGCAACAACAGUGAAAUAAUAUCUGUAUACAUGGUUAGUUUGAAUAUCUUUAUGGUAAGUUACAACACUCCAAAAUAGCACUUAGAACAGCUCAGCCAAGGACACACACACAUGCACACGCGCAUAUGCAUAUAUUACAUACAUUACAAAUACAUGUACACUGGCCACCUGCAAAAACUGACCCAGCUUAGUCCUGUUGUAGUCCAGACCCGAUUUGGAGGCAAGAUUUAAACUAAAUCAUCACAUGAGUAUUGUUACAUUUGAAAUGUGUUUUGCAGAUUUUAAAUUGCUUUGAUAUAUCUAGAUAGAUACAUCUAUCUGAAUUUAUAGUGCAUAUGACAGGUUAAACUUUUCAUUUCUUUAAAACGUAGAUAACAUAAUCCAAUUCAAUUCUUAUUUUUUUCAAAUCUUUAUUUUUGUAAACCCCAAAAUCACAAAAGCUGUUUCCUCUUAGGGCUGAACAUGAGAAUUGAUUUAACCAACAGAAAGUUAGAAAAUCAAUGAAACAAAGAAAAUUCUAUUUUAAAAUUUGGCCUAGUCUUUUCAAUUUUUACUUUUUUUUACAGCAGUUAUGACAUGCAUAGAGGGUAUGUAGCAACCAUUAGGUUAACAAAAGCCACACAUUAGUUCUGAUUUUACAAAUAAAAGUUAAUUAAUUAAUUACAACACCUUAAAUCAAUGUUUAAACUGCCAGAGAAAUGCCUGACAGUUCAUGACAGAGGGAGAACUAUUCAGUACUCACUACUCCAUCCUAUACUAUCCUAUUCCUCUAUAUUUCUUCACAAACUGCCACUUAACUAAUGUAGGUAUAUUAUUCUGUCACAUGCACUUUAAACAAAAAAAAAAUUAAAAAUCCUGCUUGUACAUCCCCAAAAAUGUCUGAUAUUUGACUCCCAGUAAGAAUUGUUUGAAUUUUGCUAGUCCCCCCUGUGUUACUGUGGCAGUAUUUGUCCUAUGCCUGUAUUAGCCAAAAAAUAGAAAAUAAAAAAACAUCAAUGCUGGGAUGUACUCAAAAAUAAUUAUUAAUAAAAGUGUGAAAUUACAAUUUAAAUAUAAAAAUAAUUAUCUUAGUUUGAAUCUUGUCUCGUAAAAAUGUAAUCUAGUCUCCACUACAACAUUACUCAAAAUGGAGCAAACAAAGAGGUAAAAAAACAAAAAAAAAUCUUAAAGACAGAUGUUUUAGAAACGUUUUAUGAAGAUUUAAAAAGUACAACAAAAUCUAAAAAAAAGCUUUGAUAAAAUAUUAUUUAAAUAAAAGUGUUUCCUGGAGGCUCUGUUUCUUCCUCUUCUGUCGUUGAUUGAGUUAGUGCUGGUGAAUCUCGUACCACACUUCACUGUAUUCAAAUUAUUAUUAAUGUAUUGUUCAGAUAUUAUAUUCAUUUGUUUAUUUUUUGUUUAUUUUAUGUUUUGUUUUGUUUUGUUUUUUUGUUGAGAGGUGCCACCAUCAUCUCUGACAAAGUGUAAAAUCUAAUGAACUUAGUGCUACUUUCUCUUGAUUCUCCUCAAAUGGUUUUGUCCUGGAUUUAAAAUGGAAAAAUAAAGCUGACAUUUUCUUAUAAA